AUGACAGUGACCAACACCGAGGAAAUCCUCGCACUGGAUUGUCAGAACCUCACCUACUCAUGGGUAGAAGGUGACGAACCCGUCUUAAAGGAUGUUAAUCUGGAUUUAAAGAAGGGUGAUAGAUGUUUAUUAUUGGGUGCUAAUGGGGCUGGGAAAUCAACUUUACUUCGUAUUCUAGCCGGUAAAAGAUUGACUAAAACUAGAAGUUGCAAGAUUUUAGGUCAAGAUGUAUUCAUGAAUCCACCUGGAGGAGUGGUUUACCUAGGUACGGAAUGGUCUACCAACCCAGUGGUCCGAUCGGAUAUCGUCGUAUCUCAUUUCCUGGAUAGUGUAGGUGGUUAUAGACAUAAAGAGAGGAGAGAUAGAUUGUUGCAGAUCUUGGAUGUUGAUUUGGAUUGGCACAUGCAUCAGAUCUCAGAUGGUGAGAGAAGACGAGUUCAGCUCUGUAUGGGAUUGAUGGGAGAGUGGGAUGUUUUGCUCUUAGAUGAGGUUACAGUCGAUCUGGACGUAUUGGUUCGAGCGGAUCUUAUAGAUUUCUUGGUAUCUGAAUCCGAGAUCAGAGGAGCCACCAUCGUCUACGCAACACACAUAUUCGAUGGACUCCGUAAUUUCCCCACCAAGAUCUGCCACAUGCAACUUGGUUCGACACCUCGGGGAAUCGUAUCAUGGCCUCCUGCGAACGUACCGGUAUCGGAAUUGGACUUGUUCACCCUCGCUCUAGGCUGGUUGAGAGAAGAUAGAGAAUUGAGGAGAAUCAAGGAGAAGGAAAAGGGGAGGGUGAGAGGUCCAAAAACUGAUACAAAAGACCGUAUCACCUUCUAUGAGAAGUACGAUUAUUCUCAUUAG